CCCCCACCCUCAGGGCCCUGCUCUGCCUCGGUGAGAUGGGAAGCAGAGGGGAGCCCUGAUCUGUCAGGAUCCAGGACUCAGGAGGCUCAUGGGGAGGAGGGUGCUGCUCAGGGGUCAGGGCAACACUCUUACAGGGACUCUCUUCCAGGGCUGAGUGUGGGCCUCAGGACCCCAGUGCAGGCAGGACCCCUCCCCAAGCCCACGCUCUGGGCUGAGCCAGGCCCUGUGAUCCCCUGGGGGAGCCCCGUGACCAUCUGGUGUGAGGGAACCACAGGGGCUGAGGAGUACCAUCUGGAGAAAGAGGGAAGCCCAGCACUAUGGAAUAUACAGAAGCCACAGGAGCCUGGGGACAAGGCCAAGUUCUCCAUCACACACAUGACAGAGAGUGACGCAGGGAUAUAUCACUGUUACUAUCUCAGCCCCACUAACUUGUCAGAGCGCAGUGACCCCCUGGAGCUGGUGAUGACAGGAUCCUACAGCAAACCCAGCCUCUCAGCCCUGCCCAGCCAUGUCGUGCCCUCAGGAGGGAACGUGACCCUCCAGUGUGGAUCAGGGCAGGGAUUUGGCAGGUUCAUUCUAAAAAAAGAAGGAGAUCACAGCCUCUCCUGGACACUUCACUCACAUCGACAGCCCAGUGGGCAGUUCCAGGCCCUCUUCCCUGUGGGCCCUGUGACCCCAAACCACAGGGGGACCUUCAGAUGCUAUGGCUGUUACAGGAACAACCCCCAGGUGUGGUCACACCCCAGUGACCCCUUGGAGCUCCUGGUCUCAGGAGACUUCCCCAAACCCUCCAUCUGGGCUGCCCCAGGCCCCAUCGUCACCAACAGGAGCUCUGUGACCAUCUGGUGUCAGGGGUCUCUGCAGGCUAGUGCCUACCUUCUGUAUAAAGAGAGCGGCUCUGAGCCCUUGGAUACAAGGAUC